CGUAUUUAUCCAGCAGUAUUAAACUGAUGGAGCCCUUCCCGCGGUCGUGUCAUUUCUCUCUUCUACAACUUCCCUUCUCUCGACUCCAACAACCACUUUGAGAUAAUUGACAAUACGACGAACAAGUAAUAACCAUGGAAGCAUCAAAGACCAUCGUCGUCGACAACGGCACUGGGUUUGUCAAGGUUGGAUAUGCGGGAUCCAACUUCCCGGAGCACGUCUUCCCCUCGGUCGUCGGACGACCCAUUCUGCGUGCUGAAGAAUCGAUUGGCAACGUGCGCGUCAAGGAUAUCAUGGUUGGAGAUGAGGCUGCAGAGCUGCGAUCAAUUCUGCAGAUGAGCUACCCCAUGGAGAACGGCAUUGUCAAGAACUGGACCGAUAUGAGACACCUCUGGGACUACACCUUCAAUGAGAAGCUGAAGAUCGACCCUCGUGAUACCAAAAUCAUGCUGACGGAGCCCGUCAUGAACCCCAAGGCUAACAGGGAAAAGAUGGUCGAGACCAUGCUUGAAGGAUACGGUUUUCAGGGUGUCUAUGUUGCCAUUCAGGCAGUCCUGACCCUCUAUGCGCAGGGUUUCCUUACUGGAGUAGUCGUCGAUUCGGGAGAUGGAGUCACUCACAUUGUGCCUGUCGUCGACGGAUACUGCCUUUCACAUAUCACAAAGAGGUUAGAUGUUGCUGGUCGCGAUGUCACUCAGUACCUCAUCAAGUUGCUCUUGCUCCGUGGAUAUGCCUUCAACAGAACCGCUGAUUUUGAGACCGUCCGCCAGAUCAAAGAGAAGCUUUGCUACACCAGUUAUGAUGUAGACCAGGAUGUCAAGUUGGCCAACGAAACCACCGUUCUCGUGGAGAGCUACACACUUCCCGAUGGCCGUGUCAUCAAGGUCGGCUCUGAAAGAUUCGAGGCCCCAGAGUGCAUGUUCCAGCCUCAUUUGAUCGAUGUUGAACAGCCUGGCGUCGCUGAACUGCUCUUCCAGACCAUUCAAGCAGCACCUGUGGAUACGCGAUCUGAGUUGUAUAGACAUGUUGUUCUUUCUGGAGGAUCGACCAUGUACCCUGGUCUUCCCAGUCGUCUGGAGAAGGAGGUCAAGCAACUCUAUUUGACAGAGGUUCUCAAGGGCGAUGUCCAACGCUUCCGCAAUUUCAAAAUCCGUAUCGAGGAUCCUCCACGUCGCAAGCAUAUGGUAUUCUUGGGAGGAGCUGUUUUGGCCAACAUCAUGCAGGACAAGGAGCAGUUCUGGAUCACGAAGCAGGAAUGGGAGGAGCAGGGCGUUCGUGCAUUGGACAAACUCAAUGUUGUCUUGUCCAACUAAGGUCAAAUGAGAUAGCAGGAACGAAACAGAUAUACCUAAAAAGACAAAGUAGACAAAAAAAAAAACCGAGCGCCACAUCUCUUUCGAUAAGAAUAAAACAAACCGCAGCAUUGCAGUAGCGGUAUCAGGGCGCCAGAU